GUCGACGCAAUCCCCAAACAAUCCCUCUCUCCAUUUGUCACUAGUUUUCGCCGUUUUCUCUCCCUCCGUCUCUCUCUCUCUCUCUCUCUCUAGAAUUCGAUCGACGGAUUUGGAUUUCCGCCCCUCUCUUCGGAUCGAACUCGUCGUCGGAAGAGAAAGAGAAAGAAUCGGCAAUCGGACUGACCGCUUUCAAUUCGAGACGGGUCGUUAUCUCAGCUCUGUGUCGAUUGCGUUCGUGCCGAUCAUACUAGGGUUUCGUUUCGUUGGUAAACCGCUACCACUGAAUAUCUCCAUUCGUUCCCCGUUCUGUUUCCGUUUUUAAAAUCUAGAUCUGUGGAUCUUUUUUUUUUUUUUUUCCGUUUCUCCUGAUUCUUUGCAAACCCUAGUUUAUGGGAUUGAUUCCUGGGCUGGGUAUCAGGUCAUCUGUGGAAACUCUGUGAAGUUUUUGGUGCGUUGUUUUAGUUAGCAUCCGAAAUCGAGGGUUUUCUUUCCGGAAUAUUCAGAAAAGAAAAGAAAAAAAAAAAAAAGGAAAAAAGGGCAAAAGAAAAGAAGUUAAUUUUCUCUCAUCGUUGGUAUUCUUUGAUUUUUGCUGAAAAAAGGAGAUACGAAAUCUAGGGUUUGUCUUUCUAGAUUGGUUGAGGUGUAUAUAUAUUGAUAUGGCGCUCAAUUUUUCGCAUCGGCCAAUCUUUCCGGCCCGUUUAUCUGAGGACAACUUGGUUUCUCCGAUGAGAAUUGCUAAUGGAUGCCUCAUGGAAGGGAUUCCGGAGAGAGGUGGAGAUGGGUUUGCUAGUCCUUGGCAUUCAAACAGGGAUGUUGAGGAUUGCUUUGACUAUGGGACGGGGAGGGAUAGAGGGGAUAGGAGUGGUUCCCCAGAGUCGGUGUCUAAAGACAUUAUUGACCUAUUACCUUCAGAUCCAUUUGGCAUGGAUAUAAGUACGACUGUCACGGCGCUUACGGGGUGGCUUGAGGAUUUGGAAGUGGACUAUGGGGGGUAUGGAAGGGAUAAUCGUGGUAACAGUAGAGGAGAGUAUAACUUGUUUGCGGCGGGCUUGAAUUUCAUAUGGAACAAGGCCGUGCAGUUCCAGGCCUUCCCUGGCAAUGUUUAUUUUGGUCAUAAAUCCAAUACAGUUUAUCAGACUAAUGGAUGUGCCCAGGAGAAGAGAGAGGCCAAUGCUAUGAGCCAGGCUGGUUUUGGGAAGGUUCCUGUUGUUCAGGAUGUUAUGAAUUUUGUAGAUGAAACUGCUAGUAGUAGUGCUGGAAGGGGAAUACAUGAAUCUUGUGCUGUUGCUGAGAAUUGUUCUGAUGGAGAUAGUGGAGCUCCUCACCCUGCUUUGUUCUUUGCCCUUGGCUUUCUGGGUGUUCGGGAUCUUCUUUCGGUUGAACGGGUUUGCAGCUCUUUCUGUUCAACUGUUCGAAGUGACCCUCUUCUGUGGAGGAGGAUUCACAUUGGCCAACCACUGAAUGAGAGGAUUACUGAUGAUGUUCUUUUGCAAUUAACUAGCAGGGCACAAGGUAAUUUGCAAUGCUUGAGCUUGCUUGAGUGCCCAAGGAUCACUGAUGAUGGUCUGAAACACGUACUCGAAAAUAAUCCCAGGUUAACCAAGCUGUCUGUUCCUGGAUGCACAAGGCUCAGUAUUGAGGGCAUUGUAAAUAAUUUAAAGGCCCUUAAGUCUAAAGGUACACUUGGAAUAAAGCACCUCAGGAUUGGCGGGCGUUAUGGCAUAACAGAUGAGCAGUUUGAAGAGUUGAAGUUAUUGUUAGGCACUGAUAUUCACAUUGAAGAAAAAGCUCACAAGCCACGUUUUUAUCAUAGGGGUAAUCAUUAUCUUUCAUGUGAUGAUGACCGUGCCAUUGAUAUUGAAAUAUGCCCAAAAUGCCAGAAAUUGAGGCUAGUUUAUGAUUGCCCAGCCGAGGGUUGUCAAGAGAAAGCGGAUUCCACACAAGCAUGUAGGGCCUGCAAGCUUUGCAUUCCACGCUGUGUUCAAUGUGGCCAUUGCAUUAGUGACAGUGAGUAUGAAGAAACAUUUUGCUUGGAGUGGCUUUGCUCUGAUUGUUCUAAUCGGUCACCCAAGCGCGCAGAUAGUCGGGAUGUGGUGCAUGGUCAUUCUGAGAAUGUCAUACUGCAGGAGCCUGAUUAUAACUACUGUUUUCAUGGCUAGGUGCUGAUCUUUUAGUUAAUGGGUUAGUAUUAUUGGAAUAUACAAGUAUCUGCUGAGAAGUUGUUAGGCAGCUGUUUGAUAUUAUGGUUCAUUUUGUCUCAUCGCCUCCUGUAGAGUCUUAGUCUUUGUCAAUUGAUCCUUUUGAUAUACUUCAGAGCUGCUUUAGCAAGUAGCAAUGUAUUGCUUGAAGAAAUGACGUGAGAAAAGACCAAAAAGAUGAAGAGAAGUCUUGAGAGAAAAACAGAUGGGAUCAUCUAUUACUGCAUUUUGUUUUGCUUCGGUUGGUCAGUAGAUGUUUUUGUUUUUCAGACAUAGCAGCCUACUGUAGGAGAAAUGGCAUAAUGCAGGAGCUGAGCCGUGGCUUCUAUCUUCAUAGAUAGAGGCUAAUUUAGUGAAUGAGUUAGUUUAUGGGAGUUUCCAGAUGUCGACUGAGAACAUGAUGUGCAUCCUGCUGAGAUCUGAUCUGGUUUUGUCAACAUCGAGUCUACAUUCUUCUUGAUUGUACCUUUUGAUGGAUUUCAUCGCGGCAUCAUUGAAUUUUGUUCUACUGUUUGUGGCAUAAGCUGGUGAGAGAAGGCCAAAAAAGAUAAAAAGAGAGAAUUUCAAGGGUGGAAAAUGGAUGGAAUCUACUACUAUUACAGUUCACGUAGCUACUGUCACUCCGUGUUAAAUGUUUCAGGUGAGGCUGCAAUUGUCUGCUGCUGCUGCUUUUGGUUUGUGCAAGUUUCCGUGCAAUCCCACUGAUUUAACACCCUCCUCUCCGCAAGUUUGCAUACAAUCAACAGUGUUCAGCUAGAUGCUAUGAUUGGGUGCAGUCAACCAUCUUAAUAUUUGUAUGUGAAAAGACUGGUCUAGUGUGGGUUUACGUAAUGUAGUAGUUACAGGAAUAGAAGAAAAGAGCUAAUCUAGCUUCCAACUGCAAUAGCCGAUUGAUCUGUCGAGUGCCAUAGGUGGUCUCAGUCUCUGGCCUCGUCAACGCCACGUUGUCCGUAGCGAUGCGUAAGCAGCCCCGUUUGCCUGUCUCGGCAUUGUUAUUCUCCGUUAUUUUUAUGUUUGCCACGAGUAAAUUGGAUGUUUUGAGACUGUAACACACUGCUUCCUAACUUAGCUCUGUUAUUUUUUUUUUUCAUGCCAUGGAUGUAAUAAGAAUUUUAUCUGGGAAUGUAAUUGUGUCUGGUAGGUUUAUUGAAUUUCAGGGGAGCAAUGCAUGCAGCAGCCUUUUAAGUAA